UUGAAACGGUAAGUGUGAGUGCUUCGCCUUCAAAUCGUGGUUUUACAUUUUAGCCCCAACCCUUUUCAAAUUCCCACCAACCAACCAAGCAACCAACAGGCCAACCACCAACAGCUCAUCUCUCAUCUUUGUCUUGGAGCCUGUAUUGGUGACACAGCUUCUUCUGUCGCUCAGUCAGUGGAUAGAUAGAUUCAGCAUGGGUUGGUUUUCCAGUAGCAGCGACGACGAACCUCCCAAGACGUUCACAGAUACGAGUUCGUCGAGUGCGUUUGACAGUGAUCCUGGGUAUUCUGCCUCAUCGGGUGGUGGUGCUCUUGGCGGCGGCGGCGGCAUGGCGGAUAUGCGACAAUUUGCGGCGAGCAUUCAACAGCAGACUCUGGUGCAGGGCAUCAUUUCGGACAUUACCAAGGAAGCCAUGGAAAAGUGCAUUACGGGAACCCCCAAAGAUGGCAAGCUCUCCUCGUCGCAAGUGUCGUGUGUGCAUUCCGCCGUCAACAAGUGGAUGGAUACCAACGAGUUCAUGAAUGGACGCAUGGCGGCCAAGGCACAACAAGCCAAUCAAGGUGGAAUGCAGUUGCAUUAAUUAAUCAAUAAUUAGUUGAUCUGUAGAGAAAGAGAGACAGAAAGAUGAUGAUGGGCGGAAGCAGAAAAUCGAAUCUCAAGGUGGACCAUGAGAAGACGACUCGACUCAACCACCUCCAGUACUCCCGACUCAACUGUUAUAAUUUUACGUAUUUCAAUCCGCUUCAAGAGUAUGGAACCAUAGAAACCAGCAAUACUAGUAGUAGCAGUAUCGUUUGGCUUUGUU